AUUCUCCUCCGUGUGAUUAUUCUGAUUGGCUCGCCGGGGGUGUUGUGUAACCGGGUAGAAUGACGUCACGGCGGUGGCAUUGCAAGCAGCAGUGGCAGCUGCCCGAGUGUGUGAAGCAGUUGGGAUGGAGUUGCGUACUGACACUGUUGUAGCAGCCUUGGAAAUGGCAGAGAGCAGCGAAAGCAAUGACGAAGAGACCGUGGACGUGGUAGACUACGAGAGCCUGCCGCUCACCGUUUCUUUAGGGACACAAAUGACAGCGGGGGCCGUUGCGGGCAUUCUUGAGCACACGGUGAUGUACCCGGUGGACUCUGUCAAGACGCGAAUGCAGAGUCUGUAUCCCGACCCCAGGGCGCAGUACCGGGGAGUGUAUGAAGCCCUGCGCAGGAUCGUGCGCACUGAGGGGGUGUGGCGGCCGCUGAGGGGGAUGAACAUUACCAUCCUGGGGGCGGGGCCCGCGCACGCACUCUACUUCGCCUGCUACGAGAAAAUGAAGUGGACCCUGAGUGACAUUAUCAAGCACGGCGGCAACAGCCACGUCGCAAACGGCAUUGCUGGCAGCAUGGCUACAGUGCUCCACGAUGCAGUGAUGAACCCGGCAGAAGUGGUGAAGACGAGAAUGCAGAUGUACAACUCGCCUUACAAGGGCGUCUGGGACUGCAUUCGCACGGUGAGGAGGACAGAGGGCUUGGCAGCUUUUUACCGCAGCUAUACCACGCAGCUGACCAUGAACAUCCCCUUCCAGGCCCUGCACUUCAUCACCUACGAGUUCAUGCAGGAGCAGCUGAACCCGCGGCGGCAGUACCAGCCCCAGACGCACAUCGUCUCCGGGGCCUUGGCGGGGGCUGUGGCCGCAGCCGCCACCACCCCGCUGGACGUCUGCAAAACGCUGCUCAACACGCAGGAGAACGUCGCCUUGAACUCCGCCCACGUGAGCGGCCACCUGUCCGGGAUGGCCAACGCUUUCAGGACGGUGUACCAGCUGGGAGGCAUCCCGGCUUACUUCAAGGGGGCCCAGGCUCGCAUCAUCUUCCAGAUGCCCUCCACAGCCAUCGCCUGGUCGGUCUACGAGUUCUUCAAGUACUUUCUCAGCAAGCACAACCUGGAGAAGAGCGGCGAAUCCUCGUUCUGAAGAAAAGGGGGGCAAAAAAACGAAACCAGUUAAGCGCUCUUGCUAAUAGGGAGCAAAUUGAGCUGCUUUUUCGUUUUUGGGACCCUGUUUUUCAACAAGAAUGUUUUUUUAAUUUUUUUUUUACUUCUUGUUUUCCCCUGACUCUGCAGAACUUAAUCGGAUCUGCACCUCUGCUUGUGUCUGUUCUGUACGGAGGUGCAGUGAUUGGCAAGGGUACUGAUGAACCCACCAUUACUGUGCCAUAAGCAAAUGAGCACUCCAGUAAGCCUUCUAUAUGCAGUGUGUUAGUGUUAGGAUUUAUUUGAUAAGAAUGCAGGUUUAUUCUUAAACAAUGCACCGUGGGUACAGUGAGGGGGGAAAAACAAAACAAGAAACAUCAGAACGAUCAAUCAUCUGCACAAUGCCCUAGCUAACUGGAAAGACGGAGCUCAAUUUGAAUAUGUUCCAUAAUGCAAUUUUGUUUUUUGUUUUUUUCGUUGGGUGUGGUGUUUAUCAAUAAUCCUGUCUUACCUAGUUUUAACCAAAUGGGACAAUUUUUUACUUUGUGUAUCAGCAGAAAUGGCAUAAUAGAAAGCCCAGUUUCUGAACGUUUCUACAGAGAGAAUCCUGCAGUAAGUAUGUGUUUAUAUUGGCAUAUAUGUUUUUUUUUUUGGUUUUUCUAUUUGCAAUCUUUCAAAGGUAGGACACCUAGUUUAUAUUUUUUUAAGAGGUCAAGAUUACCAGCAAAUAUCGUUCCUUUUAGUUGUCGUUUACUAGAAAGUGCCUAGACUUUCCAUAGGGUUUUGUUUUUCUUGUCACAAACAUGCCUGUAUAUUUCCCAAGUAACCUACACAAUUUAAAUCCUAUAUUUUUUUUACAUUACGUACCGUGAUCGUUUUAUCCUGAUGAGGAAAACUAAAUGAAAAGGAAGUUGUUAACCAGACUUUAUAAGACCUAAAAUAACAAAAUAAUUGGUGCGUUAAUUGAUUUCAAGUUUACCUAUUCCUGGACCUACAGCUUCUUGAGUAAAUUAAUUUCCAUUAAGCAUGGAUUGUUGCUGCCAUUUGUUUAAUUAGCUAUUUCAGUUUAAUUUAGACCUGAAUGAUGCAAAAUGAAGGACAUAUUACAUAUAAAAAAAAAAA